CUCGUUGUUAUUUUCCUUGGCCUAUUUUGAUCUCGAAUUCGUUAAGAGAUUUUACGAGACGUUAAACAAAUAUUAUUGGCAGCCAUUUUCUAGCCGUAGAACAAAAUAAUGAAAAGAUUGAAUUCGCUGUUGUGGUGAAUCUGUUUAGUUUAUAAGCCAAGUCUAGUUCUGGGAGUAGCACCACCAAAAUGCCUCUUGACACAUUUAUUUGUGGCUCAUGUCAAGACACGUUCACCGACCUGAAUGACUUCAUGUACCACAAGAAAAGCAGCUGUGCCAGUGGACAGACUGACCCCCUCAAGGUCACCACCAGCCAGCACAGGACAGAAAUCAUCAAGCUGCAGCUGGACCACUCCGGCCAGAUCACCAGCCUGACCACAGAACCUAUGGGAGAGAGAGAUGAGAAAGUGAACAAUGCCGCGUCACUGAACAAUGCCGCGUCACUGGCUUUUUUGAAUGAUGUCAACAUGGAAGCCGAGCUGGAGAGAGCCAGUAUUGACGAGGGAGACAUGGAGCCCCACCCUGCUGCUGGGGGCACACAUUUGAUCAUUCUCAACAGAUCUGUUUCUGGCGUGACUGUAAAAACGGAUCCCUCACUCAGUGAGCAGCAAGCUAAAGACACACAUGGAGGACUGGACCAACAGGAUGCAGAUAUUGUUGCAGUGCCAAAAAAGAAACGUGUUGGACGUUCAAAGACCGGUGAAGGAAAAAUAAAAAUAAUUGAAGCUGUACCUCCCACUGCACCUAGACCAACAGUCCCAGAAACAAGUUCAGACGGGAAAUUGGUGUGUCCACAAUGUAAAAGAACUUUUACCAAAGAACGUCACUUCAACACACACAAGUGCCUCGCAUCUUCUUCAUAUGUUGAUAUCACUAAAAAAGACAUCCUCAAAAUUGACUCAGAAGAGGAAGAUGAUUCUGUGGAGCCAGAUUCAGGAGCCAAAGAGGAUGAAGAUGACUUUACAGCUCCACUAGAUGAUGAUCAUGAGGAUGAGAAAGAAGAUGAAGAUGAAAUGGAUAAAGAUGAGUCUGACAAAGAAAAAUGGCCCUGGAAAAGUAGAAGAGGAAAGAAAAGAAAACGCAUUAGUUAUAAGUUGAAUACUGAUGUGAGUGAGGAAAACAUUGGGGCUAAACAGUUGAAGGUGGCCGUGGAGUCCAUGGAAAAUGUCCCCAUUUUUAAAACUGAGGAUGAGAAGUCUGAGUUUGAAUCCUGCAUUGAUGUUGAUUUGUCCCAAGUAGACAACAUGUUCCGUAUCCACAUCAUAGAGCAGGAGCUGAACGAACUGAGUGGGCUGGUGUACAACACGCCCACCAUGUCCUCCCUCUCGGUCUACUCAUGCAACAUCUGUGAUAAGGUCUUUAAGUCCCUCUCCCACAUCCGCUUCCACUGUGUUACACACACGGACACCAAGCCUUUCAAGUGCAAUAAAUGUGAAUAUGAAACCAAUUCCAAAGGUAACCUCUACACACACAUGAGGAAACACACUGGCCAGUUUUAUCGCUGUGAGCAGUGUGAGUUUAAAACUGUCAACAAAAGUCACUUGGCUGAGCACCAGAUGACCCAUGACAACCGCAGGUCACAGUGUAUGCUGUGCCAGAAAGAUUACUCCACGGUGAAAUCACUCAUCAACCACAUACGCAAGUAUCACACGGAUAAAAGAGGAAAAGAAUAUUUACAGACAUUUUUACAGGGUCGAGGGCAAAAAGGAACCACGGUUAUCCAUCAAUGUCAUAUUUGUAACAGAAAGUUUAAAAAAAGAGUUGACCGUGAUCGCCACUUAUUCAUUCAUGACAUCAAAGAUCUGCCCUAUGUACAGCAGUGUGAGUUAUGUGACUACUGGGCAAGCAGGCGGGUGUACCUUGACAAACACUACCUAAAACAUCGAGUCAUCUACUGCUGUGCUGUGUGUGAUCAGAGGUUCCUUAGUACAAUCAGACUUAUGGAGCACCUGACAUCUGCACACAGUGAUGCAACUAUUUCUACUGAGUCUCUGCUAGAGGAAUGUAUCAGCAGGUCCCUCUACCUACCUGAGCCUCUGGGCACAACAAGUGAAGGAAGCAAGUACGUGAACCUGCCAGAAGAACUAAGAGAGACUAGCCAGGUGUCUCACAGCCUCUCACAGUCUGACAUCAGCCAGAUAGGAAUUUCUCAGUCCGACUCUAGUCCACCUACACUAGAGGAGCAGUCGAGUGACUUUGUCUCAGAGUACAGGCAGUUUAUCCAAGAGCAGAACAGUGUCAAGGAAGAGCUGACCAAGACAGAUUCAUGUGACACCAUCAGCCCACUUGGGUCGGGACAAGACCUGGAAGACAAUGGUCAAGAGAAAUCCAAGUCCCCAUCUCUGCUGAUGCUGCAGAACCCAGGCUCUGAUCUAGAGGGAAACGAUGACCUUGAUGGCAAUGAUGACCUUGAUGGCAAUGAUAAGGAGAACUCCCUAGACAACCUGGCUUGUCCAGCUCAAGAGGACAGUGGAGAGUUAGAUCCUGCACACAAUUCUGGGGAUGCAGCAAAUGGUGGCAGCACUGCUGCUGGUGAAGAAAGUGGGAAGCAGAUAAUGGAGGAUGCCAGUCAAAAAUUAGAGCUGAGCAAGGAGGAAAAAAUUGACGCCUUGAUCAAGAGGCUGGGAUACAGAAACAUGUCCAUGCAAAUCUUUAACAAGAUGAGAGAAACUUUUGGCACGGAGGAGUGUGAAUUUUGUGGCCGGCUGUUCUACAGUAAAGUUGAUUAUGAGCCUCACAUUCGGACCCACACAGGUGACAAACCAUUUGCCUGUGCCAACUGUAGUUUCCGCGCUACAACUAAAGACCAACUAAAGAAACAUUCAGAGAGAGAGCAUGAGAAGGUGGCCUUCCAGUGUAAGGAGUGUGAUUUUCUGGCCCCCACUCGGGCUAGGCUGUGGAACCAUCAGCUCAAGCACCUGGGCAUCAGUGGACUCUCCUGUCCUGAGUGUCCUCACAAGUUUGAUGGAAUGAAACAACUUAGAGCCCAUAUACUCAACACCCACAAAGAUAUGGACAGAGAAACUCUAGAAAAGCUCACUGGUUAUAGGCACAAACCUCUCGGGAAAAUGGGUCGACGUUCUUUCAAAUGUCCACAUUGUCCUCGUGUGUUUAUCCGGGCUAACUCUGAGCUACAGAAGCACAUAUGGAUACAUGAAGGCAUAAAGCCGUUUGCCUGCCCCAUAUGUCCGUAUGCCUGUCGCUCUAAAAACAACCUCCAGGCCCACAUGCUGCGCCACUCUACAGAAAAACCCUUCUCCUGUUCAGAAUGUGGGAAAGAGUACAAGUCUAAGACAGCGCUCCGCUGGCAUGUUAGGUCACACAAGGGAGGAAAGCUUUUUAAAUGUGACAAAUGCCCCUAUGAGGCAACACAGAGCAGCCACUUAAAGAGACACAUGGAGACUCAUGAGGUUUUAAAGCGGUUCAUCUGUAAACAUUGUGAUUUUUCUGCCAACACCCAGGGCUACAUGAAGAUACAUUAUGCCAAAAGUCACAAAGGUAAAGCCUUUGUGCAUGAUGAGGUGGUUGACACCACAGUCAUGUCCCCUGAGAAAAGGGUCUUCAAGUGCCUGAGCUGUGGAUAUUUGUUUGGGAACCUUUCAGAUCUUAAACGCCACCUGAAAAUUAAGCAUCAUGUCCAGAUUCAAGACAUAGCAGGCAUGGAACAAAUGCAGAUAUCAGAGGUUGAGGUUGUCCAGUAUGAGGAUGAGCAGGCAGUUUUAGUCAACAAACAACUUGAGGCUGCAGGUCAGCCUCCCUCUGAAGAGCUCCAAUUACAAAUGGCAAAUGAUGAUGGCAACAUGUCACUGUCAGCUGUUAAUCUUAUCCAGCAUUUGAUUGGAAUGUCUCAGGGUGGUGAGAAUCAGCUGCGUGUGGUCAAUGAAGAUGGUGAGCCAUUGGACAUCACAGUCCAGCAGGAUGGUCAGCUGCUACUGACUGGGGAUGCCAGUGGGAUGCUCCCUGGCAGUCAAUAUGUCAUACAGUAUUAUAACCCAGAGGAAGUGCAAUCACCGGAUGCUCUGGUCAGCAACAGCACCUCAAGCACUAGUGUCCAGCUGGCAACUACAGACUCCUCCCCUGGCACAUCCAGUCAGUUCAUCAUUACAAGUGGAGAUGAUGGUCAGCUGCUGACAACAGCUGGUCAGCUCCUGAGCAGGCAUGCUCAGAUCAUGUCUUCAGAGGAUUCCGGUCAACUAAUUACAAUAGACACUGAGGGUCAGCUGCUGGUGGCAGAGGGGGAGAGCAGUCACUACGGUCACUCAGAGUUAGACAACUACAACAGUCAACUUAUAAUCUCAGCUCAUAAUGUGGCUGGAGAGUCUAGCAGAAACAAUUCUUGUCAGGUUCAGGGGCAACUUUCAAAUGCAGAAAUUGUUGACGGGGCUGGAAGCUAGUUCGGUGUAUUAUAUAUUUUGAUAAAAAGUGUUAGGAAAGAUCCUACACAAGUUGCAAAAAAUGUACAGUAAUUUAUUGAUGUAUGGCGCUAUACACUUGAAGCUUUAAUUUGCAUAAUUUGUAUUUUAUUACUGUCAGUACUAUAUCAAAAUAAAUUAUAAAUGUAGGAACAUUUAUAAUUUAUAACUAAUUAAAUUGAUCAAAAUACUCAAAAUGUUAUGUUGGCCCAUCAAUAAUUUAAUAUAUUAUGUGGGGCUAGUCUUAAUUACUAUGAUGAGCUAUUUUUAGAGAACUUAUAAUGUUACUCAUAGGGUUGAUGUCGGAAUAUUUUUUACUGUUAAAAAGUAUCUAGUGUUUUCAUGAAUGAUUUUCCUUUACCUGUUUUUUUUAAGCAAAGUUCCCUAACGUGUUCACUGGAUAGAUAAGUAAAACCAAAAACAUCAAGUACCACUAAGUAGGAUGUUUUAAGUUUUUUUUAAUUUAUAGAACUUCUCUAUGAUUAUGCAAAGAAAAAAAGUUGUUUGCAUCAUUGAGAAAACAGCAAAGACAAUUUAGCUGUAUGCAGAUUAUAUAUAUUGUUUAUGAAAUUUGCAUUAAAAUCUGUUAGCAAUGUUGUUUUUUUUCUUCUUCGAAGUGCCUAUGUUUACUCUGGAGUUAUGGGACUUACUUCAGAGCAGAAGGUUUGAUAUAUUUAUUUAGGCAUGUUCUUAUCACUCUGGUGUUCUCAUGUUGCAUAAGGCAGUAAUUUCCAUGCUUUAAACAUUUUGAAGAAAUAUAUGACUUCUUUAACUUCA